AUGAGUGAACCGAAUGCAAUGUACAAUCCGAUCAAUCACUAUGGCUUACCAUCAAAGGUAGCACAAGAGGCGUACGGCUUAUUUAUGAAAUUUGAUCGUAAUCGUAAUGGUUCAAUUACAUUAGAUGAAAUACAAGAAUGUGUGAGACUUGCGAAAGUACAAUUUGAAGAUACUGAUAUGGAUAAGAUGCUUCUUAAAUAUAUGGAUUUAAAUGAAGAUGGUACUGUAUCACUUGAUGAAUUUAUGAAGUUUAUGGCUGCUGUUCAUCGUAAUGAAUGUCAGGAAUUUAAACCAUUUGUUACCGAUGUCAAAAAAUGA